GUUACUUACCUUUAAGAAGGAGGCCUAUUUAUAUUACGAAUCUAAAGUUAGAUCUUAGACUGCUUGACAUCUUAAGCCUAUCGAGGAAUAAUAAGAAUUGAUGUGUGUUUUCGAUAUAAAUACAUAUCUAAGUAACACAAACUGUUUGUGUAAAAUUUGCUUCUGACAGCGUGUGAUUUUACUUUUAGGGUAAAAUUCGUAAGUUUUACACUUCCAAGACUAUCAUUAAUUAGAUUAGGUAUUUUUUACGAGUGACUGUUUGUCGAGUGAUCAGGAUAUGUAGUGGAAAUGGAGGAUGAUGGAGAACCACAAUUUAGACCUUCCCAUUGGGCCAACACAGAAUGAAAUAUUUCUUGACACACAAAGUGCAACUGCAAGCACCAGUACCUUACCUACUUCUGAUGAAAAGCUACAAACAAAUAUUUCAGUUGAAGUGGACCUUCCCGAAAUAAAGGCAGAAGAAGGAAAUUUAAGUCCACUUGAUUAUCUUCCUUCUUUCUCAGAGCCUCCUAUAUUUGAAGAAAUGCCAGAGCUUGAACCUCAAGGAGAGACAGCUCAUUACACAAGUCCUGUGGACCCAAAUCUGUUUUCUCCAGGUUUGAAUCUGACAUCUGAUAAUGAUGUUAAAGAUUUAAAGGCAGUGCGUGGUCUCUGUGGGCUGAGAAAUUUAGGGAACACCUGUUUUAUGAAUGCUGGCCUUCAGUGUCUUUUCAAUAACAGACAAUUGCUGGAGUUCUUCCUGGAAAAGUUUGAUGCUGAUGAGACCUUGAAAGAUACCCUUACAGGAAAAUUUGCUCAUUUGAUAGCCAAAGUUUGGAGUGGAAACUAUACUGUACUUCAUCCUUCUACAUUUAAACAACUUUUGGGAGAUUAUCAUCCACAGUUUAGAGAUUUUAGACAGCAUGACUGCCAAGAGUUUCUAGUUUUACUUCUGGACACCCUCCAUCAACAACUAAAUACUGCUUCCAACAAGAGUAUUCAGUCAGAUAUUUCAGUGGAAUGCAGCCAGUCAAUGGGUUCUGUAGAUGAUAGGACAGCAGAGGUCGAUCCUGAUGAACAGAGAUCAGACACUGAAAACCAAGAAGAAGAUACUGAAGAACAAGAAACUAAUGAGGAUAGUCAAGUUAUGGUUCAACCACUUGAAGUUCCAACAACUCAACCUCACCUAUCAGAAAGCAGUUCUCAUUCUGCUUCUCCUCGUAGCACUGAUUCAUUUAACUCUUGGGAUGCAGCUAGUAUUCGUUUGCAGCCUAUUCCUGAAAAUGUCAAGUCUUUCAGUGAUGUAAAUAUUUCAAGUAAUUUAAAUUCCACACAAUCUGAAAAGAAACUUAAGGUAAUACAAGAGUCUUCUGAGUAUGCCGACUUCAAUCAAACUUUACUUGAAAAUUCAAGUAACAACAUUACUGAUAACUCUACCAACAUUAUGCCUACAGAAAACUUAGUAACUACCCUGAAAAAAUCUGAAACAGUUGACAAUAUUCAUGAAGAGAAAAAAGAAAAAUUAAUGGAAAAGAACAUUCUUGCUAGUCAACUUAAUUAUAGCAGAAAACUUCCAAACUUUGAAGAUUUUAUUAAAGAAACCAAAACUCUGAAUACUAAUGUACUUGUCACAGAAGAAAUUAACAACCAGUUAAAGUUUGACAGUGAAAAAUAUCCAAAACUAGAACAUAUCAGACCUCGUGAAACUUUAGACAACCUUAGUUUUAUUAACUUUGAUCCUAAGGUCAAUAAUUUAAAACGGGUGAAAGAAACUAAUGUCCUCUUAGAACAUAAGGAACUGAAUACUUGGCAAAACUCAACUGGUGAAUGUAGUAGUAUUGUAAAGAGACAAAAAAUGGAAGAGAAUCUAGAUAGCUUAAAAACCAAAGAAAAUAAGAACCCUUCAGAACUGAUGGAAACUGAAAAUCCUAAUGGAGAAGAAUCGGAGACAUCAAGCCAGUCAGGUGAUGUCCCUCUUCCUAUAUGUCAACAGGAGGGCCCAUCUCUAGUGAAUGAUGACUUACUAGCUGCUAAUGAAUGGGAAAAAUACUUGGAUAAGAAUCAAUCAGUGGUAGUAGAUGUUUUUCAAGGCCAGUUCAGAAGCACGGUUAUUUGUUCCGAGUGUGGACAUGUUUCUGUUACCUAUGAACCUUUUAUGUAUCUUCCUGUGCCACUCCCUUAUGCUCUAGAACGACAGAUAGCUAUCACCUACAUGCCUGUUGGAAGUUCACCACCUGUUAGGUAUUUGGUGACAGUGCAUAAGAAUGCUCGAGUCCAGCAGCUUCGAGAAGUGCUACUCUCCAUGAUCCAACAAGAUGGUCAUGCACUUGAUGAUGUAAUUCUAGCUGAAGUGUUUGAUAACCACAUCUCCCGUAUAUUAGAGGACAAUAUGUUGGUUCGGUAUAUCAAUGAUACUAACAGGAUAGUAUAUGGUUUUCAAUAUGCAUCUCCUCCAAAGAUUACAUCUCCAACAGAAGUUUGUAACCUAGAAUUAUUGCCUUUAUCACAUGGUACUUCUAAUGAUGCAUGUUGCACAGUGGUUAAUGCUCAAAGAAGUGAUGAUCUUGAACCUGAUAAAGGUGGGGGUGAUGAUGGGUCAAAUGAAUAUGAUAGUGCAAGGAAAGGAGAGUGUAAUGAAGUCAACAGUGAAAAGUUUAAUGAAAAUCAAGUGGACAAGCAGACAAAUGAAAAUAGCCAGAAAUUGAAACAGUGGUCUUCUUGUACUAUCUGUUUAGAAGAAAUGGCCGAUAGUGACCUGAUGACUCAUCCUUCUUGUCAGUGUAUCUUGUGUCACAACUGUAUAGAGAUUUCUUGCAGACAUUAUGGCGGAGACUCACUAAUAUGUCCAGUUUGUAGUGUACCUGUAAAACCAGAAGAAGAAUUUGUUCCUAACAGUAUAGCUUCUGACUAUAAAUACAAAGUUAGGUCUGUUCUUGUUCCCGUUGUGUUUCGAAUGGACACAAUAGAAACAGAUGGUAUGGAAAGGAAAAAGUUAUUUACACAUCCAACUGUGUUAAGCCUUCCAGCUCUGGUACCUGCUAAUACUUUGUAUAAACAUAUCCAGAGAAAUGUGCCUUUCUUUUCUGACUCUUCCUCAUCCUUGCUUUUUGUAGAUGGUCAGGGUAAGAACUGUUCACGCUGCUUGUUUGCUCAACAAUGUCCUGGCUGUGAAGUGGCAAAAACAGGAGACAUAACUUUUCAUCCAGGUGAUAGCCUAGCAGUUCAAAUAAAAGAACCUCUUCCUACGAGUGUUGAUGACCUUAGAUCUGUUGCUGACCAUCAGUCUUUUGAUUUGUGGAGAAAAGAAGAAAGCCUUACUCUCUAUGACUGUUUAAAAGCCUUUAGUGAAUGUGAAACGCUUGAUGAUGACAAUCCAUGGUUUUGUCCAAUGUGCCAACAACAUCAACAAGCCAGGAAGUCAUUGUCAGUUUGGAGAAGUCCUAAUACUCUAAUGGUUUAUUUAAAGAGAUUUGUUUUCUCAGAGUUUGCUAGCAUUAAGGUAGAUGAUCGGGUGAGGUUUCCCUUGGAAGGCCUAGACCUAACAGACUUCAUUUCAGGUCCUUGCUCUGCAAGUGACAUUUACAAUUUACAAGCUUGUGUUUGUCAUUUUGGUGGUGUUAGCUCAGGUCAUUACACUGCUUAUACAAGACAUGCUGUAUCAGGCCAGUGGCACCAUUUCAACGAUGAAGUAACUAAAAAACAGGCACCACAAGAGGAGGACCAAACCACUGCUUAUAUUCUGUUUUAUCAAAAACUAGGUACAAAAAUGGACAAGCAGUUUUCAGUUCCUAACACAGAAGAAACAGGGUCAUACACAAAUACUUUCAUGGAAGAUAGCAUUUUGGGUUCUCUAUGGUUAAAGCCUGAAAUUUUCAACCGUAUCUUGAAACAGCUGGAAGAUCCUCAAAGCCCUGAAUCAAAGUCCACAUCUGAAGUAUGUCAUUCUGAGGAGUGGUCACAAGUGUAUUUUUAGCUGUACAUUUUCUUAGACAAGACUAGUUUCAUGAAUUCUGAACUGCAUAUUUAAAUCAUUCUUUUUCAAAAUGGUCAUUGUUUAAGAGAAUAAAAUAAACCUAGUAGACAUUGUCCUGAACAGUGACCACAUGAAAUAUUUAAACCAGUCAUACCAAAAUCACAUUUGAAAAUCUGAUUUUUGAUAGUGAGCUCAAGACUUGAGUUGCUCUGAAUCAGACUAAAGCCACAUAUAUAUAAAAACAGGUUGGAAGUUCUUUUGACCCCCAAGGUUAGAAAUAACAAGGUUUUAAGGCUUUCUCUAAUUUUUAAAUCUAACAAAAUUAAUCAUGCUGAUGUACCGAGUCAUUUUUUUACUACCCUUUAAAUGUCAAUAAGAGCUAUGGCUCUCUUGAUAAUUGAUAAAACAAUAUUUGCUAGCUGAAAGGGUCUACCAGGGAUAUUAUUUAUAGGGUAUAUAAAAUCAAGUGGCAAUAUUGCUGUUGUUGUUGUUUUUUGUUUUUUUCACUUUUGAAAACAGUAUUUUUACUCAAUGAAAGGGAAAUUAGUUGAAUUUGCUGUAUAAGUAUUUUGAAGUAAAUAUUGAAACAUUGGUCAUAUUCUAUGUACUUUCUUGUGGUCAGGGUUUGACUAAUUUAAUGAAAGCAAUUGAAAAGCUUAGAAAUCUAGGCAAAAUUUGUAAUGGCUUAGAAUUUCUAAAUCUUUUUACUUGAAUCACGUAUACUUAAAUUUAUCUGUGAGUAAAUAAUUACAUAUAAUUAAAGUCAUGAAUUUCAUAUUUGGAAUAUGUGUAUGGUAGGAUUGUGGUAAUAAAUCUUUGUUAAAACUGAAAAAGGAUGUGCUAGGGUCUUACAGUUUUAAUCAACUCUCUCAUGGGCAUUCUCUGUUGUUACAAAAGUUGUAGGACUUGAGAGACUCAAUGUUUUACUGUUCAAAAAAAAAGUUGUGUAGCCAUUUAAGACCCACUGUAUGAUUAACGAUAUUCAUCCUCCUAUGUUUAUGAUGAACAAAACUUUAAUUUUACUAAAAAAGUAUUUCCAUAGACUGGUAAGAAAAACCACUGCAAACACUUUUUUUUUUUCCUUUGAUUUUGUGAAUUUGGGAAAUUGAAGGAAAACAUCUCAUUUUUGAGAGUGGGAAUUCUGCAAAGCAUGCUUUAGUUAUUGUAAAAUAUAUUUGAUAUGAUUUUAAAGUGUAAUUAUUUUGGGAAAGAAAAUAUACUUCUUCCUGCAUUUUGAUAUUUUCUUUUGUUGUAGUUUGAGUAGUUGUUUGUUUCAUGGCAAAUCUCUCUAUCUGUUAAGGUUACUUUUAAGCCACUCUUUCAGUAGUUAACUUGAAUUUACUCAGCCUUCUUGAAGGAAGGGUUUCUUCUAUGGUACUUAGCUUUAUCAACUAAGAAUAAUAGUGCAUUUGGGAAACUGUUAGGUGAAUUUUUCACUUAAAAAUUGGCCCCAUUUAUAUUUUCCACAUAAAGUAUUUCCAUACUAAAAUAUUCUGUAGCUUUUUAUUAAAAACUGUAUGAAAUUAAAAAAAAAUUUGGCAUUAUUGUUCUGUGAUAUUACUCAAAAAAAAAACAAAGUAAAAGAAUGCAUAAAAAAUUGAAUAAUAAAAUGUAGUAAGAAGAAAUAUCUUUACAGUUUUGGCUGAAAAAUGAAAAUAAUAAUAGGCAGUUUACCCCAAUAUAUCACUAAUAAUUUUCAUUUUUUUUAAAGAAUGAUGUUUAAUAAAAUUAUUAUUUUUGACUUUCAAUUAUAAUUGCACUAUUUUUCUCUUUCAGUUGAUCAUGUAUGGACUAAUGCAUUGUAGAGCAUUAUUUAAAAUAAUUUUCUCUGCUAUUGUUUGGUUGUGAAAAGUGUAGUGUAUGUUAGUAUUGAAUACUUUUUAAUUAUGUUUUUGUAAUGAAUCAUUUCACUGUUGUGCCACCUUGUAUGAACUGUGUAUGUUCUAAGGUAAGCAGUGUGUUUCACACCUUAUUUAAAUAUAGGCGUUAUCCUUGAGUGGACUGCUGUUGUGUACAUAAAACAGAUUCAGGUUAGCAUUUUGUAUGUUCAAUGUUAUACAUAUAGGUUAGAUUCAUUUGAAAAAACUGGACAAUGAGUUAAACACAGAGAUCAGAUUCAGAUGAGGUUUUUGACUGAACAGUGUACUACACACAAGUUAGAUCUGAAUGAGAGUUGUGACUGGGUGGUGUGUUGUACACAGGACAAAUCAGUUUCAGUUUCUUUACUUGGCAAGAAAGUGAAAUAGUAAACUUGAACUGGGAGAGAAGUUUAACAGUGUAAAGUAUUGAAAAUAGAUGCAGAUAAGACCUAUUAAAUGAUAGUGCUUAGAUUUUCAAACGGAUCAAGUUAACCAUAAUGAAUAAAUCCGUUGUAAUUUCACAGUACAGUUAUGGUUAAUCUGUAUAGUUUUAAACAAAAGGAGCAUUGCUUUAUAUGGAGGACUCUCACUGAUGAAGUAAUAAAUGUUUGUUUUUUUUCUAUUUAUUAUUGCAUUUGAUAACAAGCAUAAUUUACUUAAUUAGUUUAAAUUGCUUUCUAGAUUUAAGAUUAGGAGGGUAUGUAUAUUUUUUCUUUUACGUGUUAGUUUUGGUACUGAUAUUUACCUAUUAUAUGUUUAAUAAUGAAAAAUUAAAACGUUAAGUACAAAUAUGCUCAGAAAUCGGGAUUAAACAAUAAAUUGUACAGUACUAGAACAGACCACUUAUGGAAGUGAUGUUGAUGUUAUGAUUUUUAGUUUUUCAUAUUAAGCCUAUUCUGUAUUUAUCAGAGGACAGUAAAUUUUGAUUGUGAA